AUGGCAUUCACAGACCAUGACUCAGCCAUUGACAAUACAUUCGAGGUCAACGUCUUCCCAGCGCCGCUCUCAAGCGCUCCAGGUGUAGCAAGCUCAUAUGGCGGAGCGAGAGCUGGGCACUGGAGCGCAAGGAGCGGAACUGUCAGUGCGAUCGAUGACAGAUGUCCUACUGUUUGCAACAAGGAUUAUGGUGUCGGCGGUGGGCACGAUGAAGAAGACGAGCCAAUUCGAGCUAUCGGAGGUGAUCUGUUGAAGAGACUGAAGCUGGCUACCAUUGAGGAGGAAAGGAAGAAGCCUCUGGUGCAAGAGAUUGCGGCUGGAUCCGUGCACACUGUCCCCGCCAGUGAGAAGAGCAAGGAGAGCAAGACGCGACGCUUUCACGUGCCUGCUUAUAUCGGUGGGCGUGAGCUGGACCAAUCCGCCAAGUUGACCAAGCAGGAGAAGCGCCCGCCAGUUGUGAAAACAAAGGAGGAAAAGAAGCUGAGGAUUGACACAGUACCAGCGGCGCCGGCUUCUACCACACAUUCCAAAGGCCAGGGUAUCCGCAUCACGAGCAAGGAUGGUCGUGAAGCUUUCGUUACCUUGCCAAACCAAGCAUACGUUACAUCAGCACCACCUACAGCUCCAAUCUCGAGCUCACACAGGCGGCACAACGAGGAGAACGAGCAAACGCAGGCAUCUGGUGCUGCGCACGACAAUGCUCGGAAUGACCAAGCUGAGACUACCGCCAACGUAUUCAAAGGACAGGUCAAGCCGAUGAAUGUUGGUCAGUCGCAAGCAAAGAAGAACAAGACCAAGACCAAGAAGCAAGAACAACUGGUGCUAGAGCAAAAUCAAAGUAAGCUGGCGCAGGGAUUUAAGAAUGGAGGGGAUGCAACGGUAAUUGUUGAGUCUAAGAAGGGCUCCAUAAAGGACGCAGGCAUCGGCUUCGGCAACUUCUUCGAUGAUAUACCCGUUCCCAAAGCACCAUCCGCAGCUCCGAGCGCUGCUGUGCGUGCGAAGAGUUUGAUCAGCGCUGUCAGGAGUAUCAGCGAGAACAGUAGAACCAAUGGCCAGCGGCCUGAUGCAUGGGUAAGCAACGAAAAGGCGGAUGUUCGAAGAACGUCAGGGUGGUCCACCGGCUCUAUAAUUCGAAAUCGCUUCUCAGCUACUUCAAGCGAUGCUGUACUGGGUGCAAGUCGAGAGACUCUCGCAAACAUGAGCCAGCACAGUGGAAAGUCGGACAACGGCUGGCAUGCACCUUCUGCAUGUGUGGGGAGCUGGCGCGACCGAAGGUCAGGAGGCUGGGAACCUGCCAGGACAUCUAUGAGUAGCACAGUAAUUCGUGGAGACGUCAGAACUGCUGUGAAGUCGAUCAGUGCACAUAGCAGGGGCUUGAGCAAUGGCUGGGAAUCGCUCUACAAUUCGCAUAGGAGUGGCGACCAUGUCAGGCAUGGCCACACUCUCCAUCCAGGGCUAAGGUCUGGUGGACGAAGUCGUGUUGUGGCUGGAGAUAAGGACGGUUUGAAUGACAUGGACGGUUUGAACGACAAGGACAACAUUAAUGGUCGGGAUAUGGCCUUCGAUCGCUUCGGUGCCGGAAGCUUGGAGAUACUUGACAUCGACAGAGCCUCCACUCUGAAGCCCUGGGACGCCAGUCAGAGUGGUGCCCUGUCAAUGCAAAGCAUACGAGAUAGGGUCAGAACCAUUAAUGAGAACAGUGAGAGGUCUAGUGGGCAUUUGAAUACCGCAUUCGUACGUUCUGAAGGACGAUCGCAGGUUCGCAAGCAAUCUACGCGCAGGCUUCGUGUACACACUGGGAUGUUGGAUCACAAAGACGUGGCCAAAAGUGCCGUGUCGUGGCACUCACGAGCUCACGAAAGUGUACGAUCAGACUAUACGGCUGCAGAUGGCUGGGGUCAGGCAGUACAGCCUUCUUACAAUGGCUUUCGCGUCGUUGGGGAAGGUUUCAUCAAUGCACGAUUUGAGUCUGAGCAGGGCUUAUCCAGAGGCAUUCGGGAGCGAGGCGAAGGCUGGAUCUACCCUCGAUCUGAGUUCGACAUGGAAGUCAAACAACACAGUUCGGAGCCACCAAGAAGACCCUUCCACGGUCAAAAUUCAAGUAGUAUCGGCGCGGCUUCUCAACGCAUCCCACCUAAAUCGACUAUCUUCGCAGGCGCAGGCUGGAUUGAAGGACAUCCGCUCAGUGUCGCACCCAGUUCGUGCCGGACACCAGUGCAAAGCCAUAUCGGACUGCCAGAAGGCGCAGAUCGGAAGCUGCCAGUCCAUCAUCGAGGCAAGAAGAAUCUCAGCUUCGAGGAGUGGCAGGAGGUGCAGCAGAGCACGUUCCAGGCUGAAGGGACCGUGGAUGGUAGCAUUAGGAGCGAGGGGGUGCCGCCGAGCGUGGCUAGUGAUAGCGUGUACUCGAAGAUCAGGCAAUAUACUUCGGAGAACAAGCCUCCGAGCGUGUUGAGGACUCUUGCUCCUUCUUCGAGGAAGUCGGGACAUCACGGUGGCUGGAGCGAGAAGGACGGCGAGGUGCAUUUGCAUAUGCCUUGGGAUCGAUCAUAG